AUGUUCCCUAUGUCCCGGGAACUUUCACCAGACAGUGCCGAGAGUUACUGGGCCGAUGCAUUCAGUAAAAGAGCGGUACAACUCCCUUCGCGGAAUGCCCUCGAGAAGAGCUCAGUACCUGGGGGCGCUGUGUGGGAUGUCGAGAUCCAGGCGCUCAGUCGUCAAUUACUGAAGGCAAAGUCGCGACGUAAUCAUGCGGUCGCCCACAUAUACGCGUUACCGCCCGAGAUACUCUCACGUAUCUUUCAUCUCACUAGAGGACCAUUUUAUCCUCAGUUUUACCGCCGCGAGCCCUGUAGAUGGAUCCGGGUCACUCACAUCUGCCGGCACUUCCGCUCGAUUGCUCUGGCCGACGCCUCGUUAUGGUCUGACCUACCGAUGGACGCACGGCUCUGGGAUGUCUUCCUGUCUCGCUCAAGGGCGGCCCCUCUUAAUAUUGGCGGAAACUGCGACUCGCUCAUCCCAUCGCCCAUCCAGCGCUACUUGUCCGAUAUCACACGGAACCUUUCUCGAAUACGCUCACUCGAUAUCUAUACUGAACAUCCGUACAUCGUGGAAACCCUCAUAUCCAAAUUCAUUACCGGCUCGCCAGAAAUUAUCGGCUUGAAACUCACGUUUGUCGGAAGUCACAUCUUCUUUGGACCGACGUCCAACGAGGACACACUACUUCGAUUCAUAUCCUCCUCCCCAAAGAUCAAAGAAAUAAAGCUCUCCGGUCUCGGCACAUUGUAUCCUUGGGCCGCACAAGCGAACACGUUGACUACGUUGGCACUUGACGCGGGCGUAGGAUAUCGUAGUCCUACCUCCAGACAACUCAUGCGCGCAAUAUCGUCAACUUUUGACGAGGUUCUGGAGGGACUUCGCGCAAUGCCGUCGCUUGAGACGCUGACAAUCCUCCACGUCCUCCCCACUCUGCCAAUUGAUUCUCGCACGAUUCGCCAUCCUGUCUCUCUCCCUCAUCUACAUCGCUUGUCUCUCACAAGCUUCGACGGCUGCUCCGCGUACCUAUGGCAAAUGCUCAUUUAUCCAUCUCACUGCUGUACCGACAUCGCCAGUCUAUCAUCAAGUUGGACGGCUCUGCAGCAGUACUUUCUCCCCAAACUGAGAACGAUCAUCGCAAAUAAAGAGGCGCCCAACUUCGACUCUAUGGAGAUUUGUACCAUUCAGAAACUUGACUUCAAUACGGGCUUAUUGCGACGGUUCUCCGUGUCCUGUGGAGGAAUCCAUCAGCCCCUAGACUUUUAUUGUCGGGAAGAGCUUGAGCCAUCCAUCACUCGCGUCUCUGCUCUCCACGAGGAAGCCGCGCAUCCCAUACCUUCGGAGGCGGACAUCUUUACCCCUCUUGUAGCCUUGUUUCCUAGUCCGAUCGCCAUUCGGCACGUCUACAUUAGCGAUUUCACCCCGACUGCCGACGAAUUUCGCGCGAUAUAUGGAAACGCCACCGAAGUCGAGAGUAUCCACUUUAACUCCACCGCCCAGGACAUGAUCGUCGACUUCCUUCACCUGCUUGUAGCAGAACCACCCAUCGUACACGACCCGAGCACGGCAAACCUAUCGAACGAGGCGAGUGCAGCAGCGCAAGUUGUGCCAUCCAAUGCCGCCAUCUUCUGGCCCUCCCUUUCCUCGAUCGGCUUCUACGGCAUCGACGUUGGCCCCGAUGCACCUGAGAGCAUAUGGCAUGUGAUGCGCGAGACUAUGCGCCUGCGAUUCGUGAUUACCGGACGCCGCAUACAAACUAUCCAGUUGCAGGAGUGCGAUGUGCCACCGGAUGUCUACUAUGAGUGGUAUGGAAAGGACAACGUUCUCAAGUAUGUCUUACCGGAGUUGGAUUGGGAUUUCGUCGUAGGGAACUAUCGCAUUCCCUCGGGAGGGGAGUCGGAAGAGGAGUCAGAGUAG